CAUCCGCUGAAGACAUUUGGGAUGCUGGAAGGAGGCCAAAUAAUGCUCGAAGGACAGAUGGGGGCGUACGAUUAUGCGCAGUAUAUUUCGGAGGUAGAAGAAGGCCGUUCGAUCUCAUUUCAGUGUAAAAAGGGCUUCAUGCUUCUUGGAUCACCAAAAGCUACAUGUGUUAGCGGACGCUGGAUGCCACGAAAAAAACCGAAAUGUGUGUCGCAGACACAUCCGAUGGUUGAAGGCCAAAUUGCUUGGAUGCGUCGACGACGACGUUCUACCGAGUGUGAGCCGAUUCUUGUCGACUACAGGAGAAAGGUUGUUGUGACGAAGGGUGGCGAUAUACCAAGAGAAAUUAUGGUUAGUUCUAGUCAUUCGCUGCAAAUUGUUUUUCAUUUCCGGAUACCUUAA